CGCCGCCCCUUCUCCUCCGCCCCCCUACGCCCCCCCCCCCGGCCGGGGGCGCAGCCGGAGCCCGCACAAGAUCAUGCCGGACCAGAUCACCGUGCCCGAGUUCAUCGCGGAGACCACGGAGGAUUACAACUCUCCGACCACCUCCAGCUUCACUACCCGGCUGCAGAACUGCAGGAACACGGUCACGCUGCUGGAGGAGGCAUUGGAUCAAGACAGAACUGCACUACAGAAAGUGAAAAAGUCUGUAAAAGCAAUAUAUAAUUCUGGGCAAGAUCAUGUUCAAAAUGAAGAGAACUAUGCACAAGUAUUAGAUAAAUUUGGAAGUAAUUUUUUAAGUCGGGAUAACCCAGAUCUUGGCACUGCUUUUGUUAAAUUUUCAACACUUACUAAGGAAUUAUCAACGCUGCUGAAAAACCUGCUCCAGGGCUUAAGCCACAAUGUUAUCUUCACUUUGGAUUCUCUCUUAAAAGGAGACUUGAAAGGAGUUAAAGGGGAUCUUAAAAAGCCUUUUGACAAAGCCUGGAAGGAUUAUGAGACCAAAUUCACAAAAAUUGAAAAGGAAAAAAGAGAACAUGCAAAACAGCACGGGAUGAUAAGAACAGAGAUAACAGGAGCUGAGAUAGCAGAAGAAAUGGAGAAGGAAAGGCGACUAUUUCAGCUGCAGAUGUGCGAAUAUCUCAUUAAGGUUAAUGAAAUCAAGACAAAAAAAGGGGUGGACCUUCUACAGAAUCUUAUUAAGUAUUAUCAUGCACAGUGCAAUUUCUUCCAAGAUGGCUUGAAAACUGCUGAUAAAUUGAAACAGUAUAUUGAAAAGUUGGCUGCUGACUUAUAUAAUAUAAAGCAGACACAAGAUGAAGAAAAGAAACAGCUUACUGCACUCCGAGACUUGAUAAAAUCCUCUUUACAGCUUGAUCAGAAAGAGGAUUCCCAGAGCAGGCAAGGAGGAUACAGUAUGCAUCAGCUUCAGGGAAAUAAAGAGUAUGGAAGUGAGAAGAAGGGUUAUCUCUUAAAGAAGAGUGAUGGGCUAAGGAAAGUGUGGCAGAGAAGAAAGUGCACUGUCAAAAAUGGAAUUCUUACCAUAUCACAUGCAACAUCCAACAGGCAACCUGCCAAACUGAAUUUACUAACCUGCCAGGUGAAGCCAAAUGCAGAAGAUAAGAAGUCUUUUGAUCUGAUAUCACAUAACAGAACAUACCACUUUCAGGCGGAGGAUGAGCAAGAGUAUAUAGCAUGGAUAUCAGUAUUGACUAACAGUAAAGAAGAAGCAUUAAACAUGGCAUUCCGCGGAGAGCAGAGCACAGGGGAAAACAGUUUAGAGGAUCUAACAAAAGCCAUUAUUGAUGAUAUACAGAGAUUACCCGGAAAUGAAGUCUGUUGUGAUUGUGGAUCACCAGAUCCAACUUGGCUGUCAACGAACCUGGGCAUUUUAACCUGUAUAGAGUGUUCUGGAAUACAUAGGGAAAUGGGUGUUCAUAUUUCUCGAAUCCAGUCUUUGGAACUAGACAAAUUAGGAACGUCUGAACUCUUGCUGGCCAAGAAUGUAGGAAAUAAUUGUUUUAAUGAUAUAAUGGAAGGGAGUUUACCUAGUCCUUCACCCAAACCCACUCCAUCAAGUGAUAUGACUGCACGUAAAGAAUAUAUCACUGCUAAGUAUGUAGAUCAUAAGUUUUCUAGAAAGACUUGUGCAUCUGCAGCAGCUAAACUGAAUGAACUACUUGAGGCUGUCAGAUCCAGGGAUUUACUUGCACUAAUUCAAGUCUAUGCAGAGGGGGUAGAGCUAAUGGAGCCACUGUUGGAGCCUGGACAGGAGCCAGGUGAAACAGCACUUCAUUUAGCAGUCCGGACUGCUGACCAAACCUCUCUUCAUCUGGUUGACUUCCUUGUACAAAACUGUGGAAACCUGGAUAAACAAACUGCAUUGGGGAAUACAGUUCUACACUACUGCAGUAUAUAUAAUAAACCUGAAUGUUUGAAAUUGCUUUUGAGAGGCAAACCAACUAUUGAUAUAGUAAACCAAGCUGGAGACACAGCUCUGGACAUAGCAAAGAGACUGAAAGCUACUCAGUGUGAAGAACUGCUUUCCCAAGCCAAGGCAGGGAAGCUAAAUCCACAUGUACAUGUAGAGUAUGAGUGGAACCUUCGACAGGAAGAAAUUGAUGAAAGUGAUGAUGAUUUAGAUGACAAGCCUAGUCCUAUAAAGAAAGAACGUUCUCCAAGACCCCAGAGCUUUUGUCACUCUUCCAGUCUUUCCCCUCAAGACAAAAUGACUCUGCCUGGAUUUAGCACUCCUAGAGACAAACAAAGACUGUCCUACGGAGCCUUUACAAAUCAGAUUUUUGUCUCUACAAGCACAGAUUCUCCAGCUUCUCCAACAGCAGAUGCUCCUCCUCUCCCUCCUAGAAAUGCUGGCAAAGGUCCACCUUCAACCCUUCCUCUAAGCACUCAACCCUCCAGUGGCAGCUCCACUCUUUCCAAGAAGAGACCACCUCCCCCACCCCCUGGACAUAAAAGAACCCUCUCUGACCCACCAAGCCCGCUACCUCAUGGACCCCAGAAUAAGGGCCCAAUUCCUUGGGGUAAUGAUUUGGGUCCACCCUCAACUAAGACUGCAAACAAGUUUGAGGGAAUAUCUCAGCAGUCAAGCAUGGGGUCUGCAAAGACUGCACUUGGCCCAAGAGUUCUUCCUAAACUACCUCAAAAAGUGGCACUAAGAAAAAUAGAAACCAGUCAUCAUCUUUCAAUAGAUAGAUCUAAUCAACACCUGGAAAUCUUUCAGAAGUCUUCACAGUCGAUCGAUCUACCACAGAAACCACAACCUGGAGACUUGCCCCCAAAGCCUCAGCCUGUGGAACUCGCCCAGAAACCUCCAAUUGGAGAACUACCCCCAAAACCAGGAGAACUACCCCCAAAACCUCAGCUAGGAGAUUUGCCACCAAAACCACAACUUGGAGACUUACCGCCAAAGCCACAAAUGAAGGACCUUCCUCCAAAACCUCAGCUAGGAGAGGUAUUGGCUAAAACUCAAGCUGGAGAAUCAUCACCAAAGCCUCAACUCUCAGAGGCAAAUCAGAAAUCUCACUCCAUAGAUCUUUCUCCAAAUGUACACUCUAGAGAUACCGUCCAAAAGCAAGUAUCUGAAGAUUCUAAUGAUGUGACACAUACCCUGCCAGAGACCCCAGUGCCGCUUCCCAGGAAAAUAAAUAUGGGGAAAAACAAAGUUAGGAGAGUGAAGACCAUUUAUGACUGUCAAGCAGACAAUGAUGAUGAGCUUACAUUUGUAGAAGGAGAAAUAAUUAUAGUAACUGGUGAAGAGGACCAAGAGUGGUGGAUUGGCCAUGUCGAAGGACAGCCAGAGAGGAAAGGAGUCUUCCCGGUGUCCUUUGUGCACAUUUUGUCAGAUUAA